GUUUCCAGGGGGUCUGGAAACCCCCCAAGCAACAGCCGUCUAAUAUCAACUCAUUGUCUUACGUCACACCUUCUCCCGUACAGUUUUUGAUAUAGAUUCGGCAGUGAUUCCUGUGGUGUACUGUACACCCUACAUACGCUCCGUGACCGGCAGGGACGUCAAGGCACGCCUAACGCGCGCUAGUGUUCCAACUUUGCACGUGGCGGGCACCUUUCCUAGUCUCCUGACACGUGAAGAGAGGGAAUUUCCGAAAGUGACUGUGGACAAUGAAGAGGCGUUCUAAAGACCAACUGACCAUCAGUGCUCUCUUUGAAGCUGCUAGAAAGAGAUCUCGAGGCGGGGACCCCACUCAAGAGAGUGUAGAUUCUGAGCGGGCAUCGUCGCAUUCCAUCAAUUUGGAACUGAACCCAAUGACAAGUGAAGCAUAUGAAACUGCAGACCUCAGUAUAGAAGUCACUGGAUCUGGUGGCAGCGGGGAUCAUGUAAGCGAUCGUGUUGAAGUGCUUGCAUUUGUCAAUGGGGAUGAACGUGAUCCUGCUGAAGCCUGCAGAGCGAUUAGAAACGAUGUUGGAGAACUGGUAGAUCCAAACAAACUGCAGGAUGAUACAAAGCUCUCCUUGCUGUUGGGUCAUUUUGUUCCAGACAGCCACUUUCCGUUUCCUCCUCGGCAAGAGAAGAAGAGUGGGCGAGAUACCAAGCGCUAUUUUCAAUUACAAUGGCUUGAAAAGUAUAACUGGCUAGUUUAUUCUCCAAGCCAAAAUGGUGGAUAUUGUCUACCUUGUGCACUUUUCAGCACUGAUCAAUCAACAGGCCAGCUCUGCAAACAAGCAAUGGUAAAGUUCACCAAAGCGUCUGAGACCCUUAGAAAGCAUGACCAACAGGAAUGUCAUAAGGUCUGCUGUACCAGGGCCAGCCAUUUCAUUGCAACCAGGAGACAUGGUCAGGCAAAUAUUCUUCAGCUUGUCGUAGACCAAGGGAGUAAGCAAAAACAGGAAAAUAUAGCCAAGCUUUGUGCCUUGAUCAAGACUGUAGAGUUUUGUGGACGCCAGAACAUUUCUUUGCGUGGCCACAGAGAGAAAGGAUUUACUUGGGACCCCAACGAACAGUUAGCAUGUAAUCCUGGAAACUUUCUAGCUCUAUUGCGUUUUCGUGUGGACGCAGGUGAUGAACACUUGUUGAGGGACUUCCAUAUGUCUCAGUCUGCUCGAGGACUACGUGCGUCUUACCUGAGCCCAACAAUACAGAACGAGUUGAUUGAGUGCUGUGGGAAGGUUAUACAAGAAGACAUAUUGAGAGAUGUCAGAAAAGCACCAUUUUUCUCAGUGUGUGCAGACGAAUCUGCUGAUGCCAGCAACCAAGAACAGUUGCCCCUGGUUCUUCGUUUCGUUGAUGAGUCUGGACUCAUUCGUGAAGAGUUGGCUGAAUUUCUCUGUUGCUCUGAUGGCACCACCGGGCUAGCUUUAGCUAAUCUGCUACUGACCACAAUGACGGAAAUGGGCUUGCAGCCAAAAGAGAAGCUUCGUGGACAAGGCUACGACGGUGCAGGGAAUAUGGCUGGACCUUUGCAGGGUUGUGCAAGCAGAGUAACUGCAGAAUGCCCAAAAGCGCUGUACCUCCAUUGCAGUGCACAUUGUCUCAACCUGUGUAUAAUAAGGCUAAGCAAACUGCCUUUCAUCCAGUCUAUGUGGUCAUCAUUGUUAGACGUCAACAUCUUUUUCAAAUAUUCACCAAAGCGUGCUCAUGCUAUGGCUGAGAUAGUUCAUGAAUGGCGUCAAGGAGAGGGUGGCGACUCAAAGAAAAAGUUGGUUGAUUUGUGCAAAACAAGGUGGGUAGCGCGACAUGAAGCCCUUGUCGUGUUUGCUGAGCUUUAUCCAGCUGUUUUAACGACGUUGGAGACAAUCAGCAGAAACAGGGGUGGAACAGUUACAUGGAACGCUACUAGCUCCUCCUCUGCUACAUCUCUCCACAAUAACCUAACCCAGUUCCGAUUUCUUGCAACAUUUGUGAUAACAUCAAAAUUGAUGGCUGCAAUUCAAAGCCUAACAUCAACGACAGGCAUGGUGAAUGGUGGACAGACGUUCAGGCUUUGUGUCUGA